AUGAACGGCAUUGAUGGAGGCAGAUUCACGCAGAAGGUCAGCCUCACUGUCAAGGAGCCAGUCGAUGGUAACAGCCACAAGAGGAGGACGGAUGUGCUGGGAGGUGAAAUUGAUGCGGUACGGUGGGAGGCUGUGGUGCAGGUACGGUGGGAUGCGGAGGUGGUGUGUUGUUUUGCAGUUACAGUGGAGGAUGGGAGAGGAACCACAAGGGCAAGGAGCGACGGAGGGGAAGGAGAGAUGAGCGGAACAGGGAAGCGGCUGGUGAAAGUAGAAGGGGAGUCUCUCAGCCCCCUCGCUCCAUCCGCCUUUGCCAUGCCAUGCCCUCACAGUGCUGCCCUCACACCACUGGGCAGUGUGGCGGAGUGGUUCCGGGCGCUGAUGGGCAAGGACAGCGGCGUGCUUGUGGCGGAGUGGUUCAGGGCAUUGAUGGGCAAGGGCAGCGGCGUGCUGUAUGAGGACCCGCACCUGCAGAUCGGGGUGAAGAGUGAGUGGAAGCCACCGCACGGCCGCCUGGUGCUCUUCCUCGGGAACAAGGAGACGGCGCCGCUCACCGCUCUCACCGCCUCCACACCGCCCACGCCAGGCCUGCGAGUCAUCCUCUCGCCGCUGCCUCAAGUCAUCCCCCCCCACGCCCAGAUCCAGCUACCAGUGGAGGCGGCAGCAGUGCUGGUACCCAGGGAGGCGCCGCGCUUGAACAUGGCAUACACGCUGCCGUCGGGCACGCGCGUGCCGCUGCGCCUUCAUCCCCUGCGCCUUCAUCCCCUCCGCCUUCAUCCCCUUCGCUCCUUCGCCUUGCAUCCUGUUCCUCCCUCCUGCACCCUUCCCCUCCCCCCGCCCUAUCCCCCCCGACAGAUCCAGCUACCAGUGGAGGCGGCAGCAGUGCUGGUAUCCAGGGAGGCGCCACACCUGGACAUGGCAUACACGCUGCCGGCGGGCACGCGCGUGCCGCUGCGCCUGCACCUGCCCGCGUCGCUCUCCUCUGCCGACUUCUUUGCUCGCUGGAAGACCCUCUCUGCUCCGCCGCACAAACAGCAAGUUGUGCAGAGGGGAGUGAAGGCGCUGCCGCUGCCGGCACUGGCACAGCUGCUGGCAUCCAUGCGCAUCAACCCACUGCCCAACCUGGCGCGUCUGGAGACGGACCCAGCGGACCGCUCGCAACUGCGCCUCACCUGCGCCUCCUCCGACCCCACCGCCUCCGCUGCGCUGAAGGAAUUUAUCAGCGACAACAUCAGUGAGCUGCCGCCGGCCUGGCUGCAGCCGCCCCCAGUGGCCGCCCAGCAGCAGCAAGGGGGAGCCGCAAUGCUCGCCCUGCCCUGGUCCGGUGCCCCUGCUGCUGCUGCUGUUUCUUCCCCUCCUGGCCCCACUGCCCUCGCCCCCUCGCCCGCUGCCCCUCACAUGGUGCUUCCGGGGGGUGCUCCUCCCCCUGCUGCUGCCGGCAUGGCGCCCAUGCCGUAUGGGGGCAUGCCCAUGCAGGGGCCUGGGAUGGGCAUGGCUGGACCCAUGGGGAUGGCAGGGCCAGGCAUGCCUCCUCCCAUGCAGAUGGGCGGCGGCAUGGGUAUGCCGGGUGGCAUGGGGCCGGGCGGCAUGGGGCCGGGCGGCAUGGGCCCAGGCGGCAUGGGGCCGGGCGGCAUGGGCCCAGGCGGCAUGGGGCCGGGUGGCAUGGGCAUGGGGGGGCAGAUGCCCAUGCACGUGGGGGGGAUGCCUGGGGCCCCGCAGGGAGGAAUGCCCAUGGGAGGGGCCAUGCCUGGUGCCAUGGGCAUGCCAGGUGCCAUGCCGGGUUACAGGCCUGGAGGGCCUGCUUCCGGGUCCCUGCUCUGA